UUUUUACUAUUUUGACAAUGGAGUAAACCGCUCAGAACUAUCGUUUCCAUAAAGUUCUUUAAAGUUUUCUCAUUAAUUUCAAUUUCAUUAAUAAAUUAUGUGUCAAAUAGGCAGACUGACGGUGCUGUACGGUAGUCAAACAUUCACGGCUCAAGAAAUAGCCGAAAGAAUAUGGCGUACGACAAAAGCUUUGGGUUUUCGCGGGCCCGUUCAAGCGAUGAACGAGUAUCCCAUUUCUAUGCUGAUUCAUGAAGAAUUUGCGAUAUUUGUGUGCGCUACGACGGGUCAAGGCGAUGAACCGGAUAAUAUGAAGAAAUUCUGGAAGUUUCUGUUGAGGAAAAAUCUACCGGCGAAUUCGUUAAUUAAAUUGAAAUUUGGAGUGUUGGGCUUAGGAGAUUCUUCAUAUUCAGAGUUCAAUUUUGUCGCUAAGAAGCUUCACAAGCGCCUCAUUCAAUUAGGAGCCAGACCAUUAAUAGAUGUUGGUUUAUGUGACUACCAACAUGACCUGGGCCACGAUGGUGUAGUUUCCCCAUGGAUCAAAGAAUACUUUGUACGACUCAAAGAAUAUUUUCCGAGUAUACAGACAGAUGUAAAAUCAGAAUUCAUUCCUCGUUGGAAGGUCUCUAUGUUGAAGGACAAAGCUGAUGUUAAAAGUGGAUUUUGUGAAGAUAUAUAUUUUGGUCACGAAAACAGCAAUAACCAAGAAGCUUUGUUGUUGGAGGUGGAUAGUAAUGUUAGAACUACGGAUGAAUCUCAUUUUCAGGAUGUAAGACUAAUAUCAUUCAAAUCUGUUAGUAAAUGCUUAACCUACAAACCUGGUGAUGUUUUCAAUAUAAGACCUCGGAACUCAAAGGAGGACAUUGAUGACCUAUUUAACAUACUUGAAAGUAACAAUAUUGAUAUUAAGCCCCAUUAUAGAUUACUAGUUGAAGAAUAUCAUGAUGAUAUGCCUGUGCCUGAGUUCCUAUGUCACCCCUUGACUUUAUACGAAGUGGCCGAACAGUAUUGGGACCUGCGAUGCUACGCCACUCAGUAUGUUUUCUCCAUUCUGGCACUUGUGUCCCAGGACAAGUUAGAGAGGGACAAAUGUAUAGAGCUCAGUUCCCCAGAGGGUCAGGAGGACUGGCUGAAUUAUUGUAGGAGAACGAAGAGAACCGUUAUAGAAGUGCUGCAGGACUUCCACCGCUCGGCCGCGCGGCUCACCAUACAGACGCUGUUCGAGUUGUUCUCGAUUAUAAAGCCGCGCUCGUUCUCGAUAGCGAGCGCGUGCGGCGCGGCGGCGGCGGGGCGCGGCCUGCAGCUGCUGGUGGCGGCGGUCCGGUACCGCACGGCGCUGCGCCGCCCGCGCCUCGGCCUCGCCUCCAACUGGCUCGCGGCGCUGCCCCCCGGUCACAAGGUCUACGGGUGGAUCAAAAAGGGGACCUUUGUUUUUCCUGAUGAUGCGAGCGUGCCUCACAUAAUGGUGGGGCCAGGCACGGGGCUCGCUCCCUUCAGGAGUUUGCUCCAAGAAAGGGUUCACUACGGCACAGCGUCCAAGGACAUCAUGCAUCUGUUCUUCGGGUGUCGGUACAAAGAGAAGGACUACCACUGCAGGGAAGAGUUGGAGGGGAUGGUGGGAGAUGGGAACUUGAGUUUGUACUGCGCUUUUUCUAGAGACCAGGAAGAUAAGAUCUACGUCCAGCACAAGAUAUUCGAGAACCGCGAGACGAUCUGGCGACUGCUGAACAACAACGCCCACGUGUUCAUAUCCGGCAACGCCAAGAGCAUGCCGGACAACGUGCGGGAGGCGCUCGCUGACGUCAUCCGGGUGUGCUCCGGGACCAGCGCGGCCGCCAGCAGCGACGCCGUGCGCAGCCUGCAGGAGCAAGGUCGACUCCAGGUCGAGACCUGGUGAUGCCUGGCACUCCAGAUGGGUAGCAUCGCGGACUUCACAAGGUUACCAACGACGGAUCAAAACUGAACAAUUCACUGGAUUCUAUGUGUUGAGGUAGAGGGAGCCCGUGGUCCGCAUAUCGAGCGACAGAUGGCGUUAUAAAAAAAUUCGAUGGUGAACAUUUUCAUUUGUCGAGAACGCAGUGUGAAUCCAUAAACCACGGCGAUCGUUCACGGUCAGGCUGGCAGUACUCUCGUCCGACCGACGCGAGUCUUCGCGAGUCGCGACUAUUCUGAUCGUUGGAGCCGCUGGGGGUCCGGGUUCGAUUCACGGUGGGACUGUAAAUUUUUUUGUUGUUGUAGAUGUAAAUUUGUUUAGAUGUAACUAUUCUUGUAGCGUAGCUGGUGCUAGUGGCGCCGGAGUCAUCGAAUAUUAAAUAUUAAUGUAUUUUGACAAUAAUAUUAUAUUUGAAACCAAAAUACUUUAAAACACCUCUUUAGUUGUAUAAAUGUUUGUAUAUUUUGCGAAUUAGAUUUAGAUAGUCAAUUGCGUCACAAAUAUCGAGUUACGAUAAUUUUAUUUCUUAGAGAUAUUACUUUAGUAAUAAGUGUUAGCUUAAUGAUCCAAUUUCGACCUAUAUAUAUAUGACGUUUUCUGUUGUUUUGUUGUUGUUCUUUUAAUAUUAAUAUUUCCUAUAAAAUACCUGUGCUUACCUAUGAAGUUGUCAUUUCAAAAUAUUGCCAAUUUUCGAACGAAUUUUUCUCUUCCAUUCUCUUCUAUCAGUAGUCAUUUCAACACUCACUCUCUCUCUCUCAUAUCAUCAUUCACACACUCCAUCCAUGUCUUCUUCAUUCGACCUCUUCCCCCUCUACCUUGCACUACCAUUUCCAUACAUCUCCUAUUCACAUGUAUGAGUUGGGUUAUGUAUGAGAUAAGAAGCUCUCUAAUCUCCGGCGCCCGACCUCCUCCGGCCCAACAGCGGCCUCUAAGCUACAAAAUCAGACCAGACCAGACUUACGCCGACAGACCUCCACUUUUUCCAGUUUGAGCUUCUCAGCUGAGUAAAAACUCAAAACCCGAAAGAUAGUACAAAUUGCCUUUGAAAUUUGUUGAGUCCCGUACGCCUCAUUUCUUCAAGAAGUACACUGAAACUAUCCGUGUGCUUAGUGCGAGUUUUUUAACGUUCUCGAUAGCGUAAAAGUUAACUCAAAUUUGUAUGUAGUUGGAACAGCGCCCCUAGCGGCAAACGUAGGCAAACAUUAAACUUUUACGCUAUCCAGAACGUUAAAAAACUCGCACUAAGCACACUAUAUCAAAUGACAACUUCAUAGGGAAAGACUUAAUAUGUACUCGUAUUAAUUAAAGUUCGACAAUCACUUUGGUUCGAUAUAGUUCGUUAUUUAUACUAAAGAUCUUCAUUAGCCACUAACUAAACAAAAAUAAAAAACAAAAUGUUGACAGUGGAAAAAAUGGUACUUGAACUAUUUUUUCGUGUUUUUAAACUAUUUGACUUCUUAAUGACCUCGGACAGUCGAGUUCGCCCGUUUGCUGACCGAGGGCAACAGGUCAACGCGCAAACCUACCUCACCAUUAAUGGCGAAUUAAAUGUGCGUUUUAAAAACAGACUGAUUACAUAUUUUUAGGAAAAAAGUUCGAAAAUUCAACAAAAAUGCAUCAAUAAAAUUAUAUAAAUAAAACUAUAAUUUACGUAUAAAA